CGUUUUCAGCCCCUGCCUCAUUGCUGUCUCGUUGGAUCCUCAUUUUCAUCAAAGCGAAAAUAGAGGUUUCAUUUUGACAUGUCGGAGGGAAUUAUGAUAAAACAAAGGUAGCCAUGGCUGACGGAGAGGAUGAGGUGAGCUCCUCCACAGACCCAGUGUCGUGUGGAAUAGUCCUCCGACACCCAGAUGAUCUUGGAGUCUCGGCCAGCAAAUAUAAAGCUGUCAGUCCAGAUGAAGGAUUAGGUGAUCUAAGCAUCAGCUCAGUGUCUCCAAGCUUAGCCAAUCCAACUCUACAGGGUUUAUUAUCCUCACCAGUGUCUCUGCCAGGAAGUCAGCUCAUUGGAGGAACAGAAGGCAUACAGAUCAUUGCUGUAUCUGCGUCUAAUGACCUUUUGGGCCAGGCUGACAGUUCGGGACGUGUGUGGCAUAUGGUUCCCCCGGAAAUGGCCACCAUCAUAGCUGUGGCUGGAGACGGCACACAUGAGCUUGAACAUAAACAUGAAAUGGCUGUGGCAGGAGUGGAGAUGGAGGAUGCCAUUGGGGGAGGUUCUAAUGAGGUAUCCAGUGGAAUGUCACAUGACUCGAUAAUGAUGCCCCCUCCUCCACAGCCCCUCCCUGCAGACUGUCCUGCCUGGGCACACAGGAUUAAGUGUUGUGAGAAAAUCGGUGACUCAUAUCGUGGCUAUGUUGAUAGUGAGGUUGACCUGGACCUCCUGUUGACCUAUCACAAACAACAGACUCAGAGUUUCUGGGGGACACGUCAGUCCCCUUCCCCAGCCAAACCCUCAACACGUCUGAUGUGGAAGUCCCAGUACGUUCCAUUCGAUGGGAUUCCGUUUGUUAAUUCUGGUAGUCGGGCCAUCGUGAUGGAGUGUCAGUAUGGUCCAAGGAGAAAAGGCAAUACCUUGAAGAAACAGAUGAUUGAUCAAUAUGGCCCCAAUAAACAGUGUGAGCAGUUUGUACCAGGAGAUUACAGACAGACGUGUCCUGCCAGAAUUUACAUAAAGAAGGUGAAGAAGUUUCCUCAGUAUGCUGUGGACCUUAGUAUCGAUAAAAAGACACUAAAGUUAGCAAUGGAUAAAGCUUUCCAUGAACUGAAACAGCGAGGAUUUGAUGAUAUUGGCCAUGAAAGGUACUACAUACAGCUGCCCACUGAUAAGGCCCAUGAGUUCCACAACGAUGCUAACUGCUCCACCACCCAGGUCCAAAGUCCAGCUGCCACUGUCAGCAUGACCACCAGUAUGGCCUUUGAUGGUCUGGAGAUGGACAGUGCUAUACAGAGGCUGGACCCCCGUGUGGCACAAAAGAUAAGGGAGAUAGUAUCUGGUGGGGAGACCAGAGUUUACUCAGUAAGGAAAAUUCUACGGUCAUUUGUGGUUCGUCAGUUGUACAAUGGCGGGGAAAUACCUGAGCGGCAUGACCUUACACUGUUUCCAACAGUAAACGACCUCAAAAAUCACAUUCAUCAAGCAUUAAAGGAUAUCGAGUGUGGGUCUUUGGCCCUCACUGCCCCAACAGUAAAUGUAGAAAUUAUUACGAGUAAUGAUGGUGCCCAAAGUGCUGAAAUGGGACAGAUGGACCAAUCACUAUGGCAACAGACAUCUCAGGAGACGGGAGACGGUUCUGAGCCAGUUCCUGAAACAGUCACUGUUACAUUAACACAAAACCCAGGAGAAGAUGGUCAUGUGAUAUCAAGGAUUGAGACACAUCUGAGUGAUGGUAGUAUGCGAGUGAGCACAACCUUAACUCCAGAAACAGCCCAACUUCUGUCUAGACUCCACCCAAACAUGUUCCCAGCUAAUCUCCUCAUGCAGCAACAAGUGGACCAGGCAGUGACAUCAAUAUCAGACCCAUCAGUGCCACCGUCUAACAACAUAAAAGUGGAAGGUUCGGUACCUUUGUGUGGGGUGGAGCACAUAGACUCGAGUGUAGUAGGUGCUGUUGGGGACAGUAUAAUGAACGGGGGUGUGACCUCGAGUGACCCCCAGGACAUUGGGGGUAUACACAUAGUACAGAGGGGCCUGGGUGUGACUACCUCACAUGGGGGCGUAUGUGCUGUGGUAGCUAGCUCAGACCUGGAUCAAAUGUCAGCCCAACUUGAAGGGCCAGGGUCUGGAAUGUCAUUGGAGGAUGAGGAUGAAUCUAGUCUAGGUCAAGCCACACAACACCAUCAGUUUGUCACAGUCACUAUGAAUGAAUCAGGGGAAAUAAUUCCAGUUUUGGAUGUGGAUGGAUCAAGCAUUACAAGUUUACACCAGGCGACUUCAUUAGACUGAUUCAUGUGUUUAAGUGCAGGACAAUAAUGGCUUCCAUCUCUUUAAUUUACCAGCAAUAUGUAUACCUAUAUAUCAACAGUAGUGCUUAAUACAUUACACACCAAGCUGUUCACUGAUGAGAAAAGAGGAAUCGGUUUUAAAUUGUAGCAAAUCAAGAUUUAGAAUUCAACAAACUUUUUAAUACAUGGUUUUGAUACGUUGAGAUGUUUUUAGGAUGAUGAUUAGUUUUCUGUUUUGAAUUCCUGUCCUAUAUCAUCUUGUCAGUGUGACAGUAACAGGGAUUGUGCAAUGUAUGUUCUGUCAAAAGUCAGAGGUAGGUUAGAUUAAAAAACAGCAUGACCUUAAAAAAGAUCCUGGUUGUUCUAACCCAGGAGAGAUCUUUCUGGUUGAGGUCAUCUAAAACAUUCUGUGGAAGUUUUUUAUCUGACACUUUAAAAAAGAAAAAAUCAUUUGAUUAGAAUGUGAAUAUCAGUUUAUUUCUAAAAUGGUGAUGUUUAUUUUCAUGCAAGUUUAGGGUGUUGGAAAGGCUCAUUAAUGUUAUCAGAAGUUUUGUAUUUUAAAAUUUGUGUGUGUAAUUUGAAAACAACACAUGUACAGUUUUCAAAGUUCAGAAAGAAAGAAAGAAAUGAAAAUACAUAUUCUCUGUCCUAUGGUUUAUAAUGAAAUACAUAUUCAGCUAAUGCUUUACUAUUACCAUGAAACAAAAUUGAACAAAAUAUGGCUAGGCCCUGAUGACCUGUAUUUAUAAUUAACUGUUAUUAUACAAAAUUGAUGAAUAUAAUAAUGUUAAGAAAGCAAAGGUUAUGGAAUUGGCCUGGAUAUCAUUCACAGAUGUUUAUAUAGAUGUUUUAUUUCUUUUUUUUUCUGGAAGAUUAACAUGACAAUAUUACGUAAGUUUACUAGGGCAGCUAUUUACAUAUAUAUUUCUUCCAUUGAUGUUCAUAUAUUUCAGUAGCAUUGAUUAUUUUUAAUAGGAUUUCAUUGAAAUGGUUUAGGAAUUUUUACUGCUUCUUAGAAGAAACAGCAGUAAUGCUUUUUAUGUGGUUGAUUAAUGAAGCUGAAGGCAAAGGUCACAAAGGUCAUGGAAGGAUGCAUACCGUUGUAUGAUGUUGCUGUCAGGGUAUUGUCAAAAAAUUGACAGUCAAGAACAGUAAAAAAAAAUUGAUCUCAAAAAUGGUAUUUUUGUGAAAACAUGUAAUAUCAUAUCCAAUGUUUCCCAUCUGCUAAAUUUAAGUUCAGUUAAGAAAGCAGGAGAGAAUGGUUAAUUUGUGCUUUACAUCCUAAAACUAAAAAUCCUGAAACUAACCUUCUUAAAAUUCAAAUAAACAGAAAAGUUCUAACUGUGUUCAAUCUGAGAGGAUAGUAAUAUAUUAGUGGUCAGUUUGAUUCUCAUCUGUAUCAACAAAAACUAGUACUCAUUGAAAUGGGGCUUGCCAUAUCAGUGAUAUCUGUGCCACAGAAUUCUGAGUCCUGGACUUUAGCGCUGGAACCUUUUUUGAAAUAUCAUUUAGAUUUCUGAAUCCUUUGCUGAAAUCCUUGAAAUGAAAUUCAGUUCAAAGUUUCUAUAAUUGAUAAGUAAUGAUAAGCAAGUGACUGUAUGCAUCUCCUGAUAAUUUUGAGGUUAUGCCUAUAUAACACUACAAGUGACAAAACCUAAUGAAGGAAUUGUGUCUCAAUUUUUUUUAUAAAUACAUGUAGGUCAUUGUCUAUUUUGUCAGUAAUCUAGCUUUAUCAGUAAAGUUUUUAUCAGUUUAUGUACAUAGUCAUGGAACAGAUGCAAACAGACUAAACAAUUCUGGACUAAAAUGUAUCAAUUAUUGUCGUAUUGGGGACCAGGGACUAUAUGGGGAGGGAUCCCUGGUCUGUGCUGUAAUCAAAGAUAAGUUUCCUGAAAAAUAUUUGCUCAGAUUUUUAUGUGAACAUAUUGUCAUUGAAUAUUGUAUGAUACAAAUACCUUUGUUCAGAACACAGCUGUUUAUGAUAGAUUUUAUAUGUAACAUGCUUCGUUAAAGAAUACAACACCUGCUGCAUCCAGGCGACUUUUAAGGGGCGUCUAGUUACAUAAAGCUACACAUUUCUGUAUUGGACAACAAAAGUAGGAUUUAUAAACAAAAUUUGAACAAUACAUGUCUAUUUUGGACAACAAUACUUUUGUGAACAAUACAUGUGUAUAUUGGGAGGUACUGUCAAGCAGUAGCAUUAUGAGUUUAAUAACAGAUUUCAUUUAUCUGAUUCAGUGCAAAGUGUGCACCAGUGUUAGGGGUGUGCUAGUGUAAUCUGUGAAGCAGUGUAGGGAGGUACUAAUGUAAGGUCAAACAAAAAAUAUUUGGUGUUUCCGGGAACUCGAUACCUACCCUUAUUUUAUUGUGCCUACCCUUAACUUUUUAAGGCAAUUUUCAAAGAAGCACUGUUUAAGUCUAGAUCACUCCUAUAUAAACCUCAUAGAAUUAUCUUCAAAAAUAAAACUUGUUACCUACCUACCCACCUACCCUAAAUUUUUCAAAAAAUGUUACAAGAAACACAUAGUUUUUUGUCUGGCCUAAUAUGUGAAGCAGUGUAAGGUGUGAAACAGUGUAAGGCCUAAAUAGUAUAAGGUGUGAACAAGUGUAAUGUGUUGAAUAGUAAGGUGUGAACAAGUGUAGAAGAUGAACUAUUGUAAGGUGUGGACUAUUGUAAUGUGUCAAGCAGUGCAACAUGUGAAGCAGGUAAAGGUGUGAACCAGUGUUAGGUAUGUAUAAGUUCCAACCAAAGUAAUGUGUGAACAUGUGUAAUUUGUGAACCAGUGUAGUAAGCGAACCAGUGCACGGUGUGAGGCAAUCUAAGGGUUGAACAAGUGCAAGGUCUGUAAUAGUGUAAGGUGUAUAAGGUGUACCUACCAAUGUAACGUGUGAAUGUGUGUAAUAUAUUGCCCCGAGUAACAUGUGUCCCAGAGAUGAACUCUUGUAUAAGGUUUAAACCCCUGUAUGAACCAAUGUUAUGUGUUAAUCAGCGUCAGUCAAUGUGUUCAUUAUAUUAAGUUAAACAGGGUAUUUAUUAAGUGCUUUGGGUUUCUGGUUGGUUCCCAUGUUUAAUUAACUCGUUUUAAUUUGAUCCAGCAGAUUAAAUGGUAUGCACAUAUAUGGGCUUCUUUUUAUUUCCUAUUUCAAAUUUUUCAUAAGAUUUAAAACAUUUUGAAAUUAGUUAUUUUAUUGAUGGGAAAAAGUUAUCCCUAGCUUUUUGCUUAGUAAUGUUUUAUUUUAAAAGUGUACAAACAUGUUUUGUUUAAUGUGUGUUGUGUUCUAAUUAUUAAUGGGUUCAUUUAAUCUGGAUCUCACCGGGAUACCCAGAUGUAUGUUGUUAUUACUGUAUGGGGAUUUAUUUUGAUCUGAUUUUGUGUGACCCGUCUUCUACUUUAACUGUGAUCUGUAUAUAAUGUAGUGUACAAAGUCAAAACAAUUAUUUAAUUUUGUUGUUAAAUGUUCUAUGUUUAUAUUUAUAAUGGAUUUUUUGCCAAAACAACUCUUAUUAAAAGUAUCAAGAUGA